AUGGGCCCAAAGAGAGAGCUUAAAUUUGCUCUUGAAUCUUUUUGGGAUGGAAAGAGCAGCGCUGAGGAUUUGCAGAAGGUGGCAAGCGAUCUCAGAGCCUCCAUCUGGAAACAGAUGGCUGGUGCUGGAAUCAAGUACAUCCCGAGCAACACCUUCUCAAACUAUGAUCAGGUGCUGGAUACCACUACUAUGCUUGGUGCUGUAUCGCCCAGGUACAACUGGACUGGUGGCGAAAUUGGAUUUGACACCUACUUCUCCAUGGCCAGAGGAAAUGCCACUGUUCCUGCAAUGGAAAUGACUAAGUGGUUUGAUACAAACUACCACUUCAUUGUCCCCGAGUUGGGUCCUAAUGUGAAAUUCAGUUAUGCUUCCCAUAAGGCAGUGAAUGAAUACAAGGAGGCUAAGGCACUUGGUGUAGAUAAUGUUCUUAUUGGACCAGUGUCAUACUUGCUGUUAUCUAAACCUGCCAAGGGUGUUGAAAAAUCAUUCGCAUUGUUGUCCCUUCUUGACAAGAUCCUUCCAAUCUACAACGAAGUUGUUACUGAAUUGAAAGGAGCUGGUGCUUCUUGGAUCCAGUUUGAUGAACCAAACCUUGUAAUGGACAUUGAGCCUCACCAAUUGGAGACAUUCACUAAAGCCUACUCUGACUUGGAGUCAAUUCUAUCUGGUCUUAAUGUUUUUAUUGAGACAUACUUUGCUGAUGUCCCUGCUGCGACAUACAAAACCCUCACUUCUUUGAAGGGUGUUACUGCAUUUGGUUUUGACUUAGUCCGUGGAUCUCAGACCCUUGAUUUGAUUAAGGGUGGAUUUCCUUCUGGCAAGUACUUUUUUGCUGGAGUUGUUGAUGGAAGGACUCUGUUACAUCAUGCCAUUCUUUGUGGCAAUGCUGGAGCUGUCAAGAUUCAAAAACAGAAACCAGUGAGACAGGUGUUAUGA